AUGCCAAUCUUUGCUGAUGCCUCGCCCUUGGUGCCCGAGACUUCGGCCGCUUCAGAGACGCCGACGAGGCUGCAGCAGCUCCGUUCCUCUGCGGGGCUCCUCCCCAAGAACUGUGCCGUCAUCUUCGCACAUGGCUACCUCGGCAGCCGAUUCGACAUGCUGCACCUCUGCGAGAGGCUCGCAAGCCAGGGCUUCGUGGUCGCCGCCCCCGACUUUUCCGAGGGUUUGUCGGGAGCGGUGUCGGAAUUGCCAAGACGUGACAUAGUCGCGGAGCUUCUUGCAAAGCUUCGCAGGGCUUGGGGAGCUCAGCAAUUUGGCAUCGUUGGCCACUCCGCUGGCGGAGGGACCGCAACAGUUUCUCCAGGCCCGUUUGCAUGUGGUCGCGUGGCGGUUGCGGGCCUGGCUCCUGGAUAUGACGACCCGGACCCUUUGCUGGUCCUUGCAUCUGAAGGUGAUGGCGUGGUGAGGCUGGAAAGAGUUCUCCAGGCCAUACCAAGUGGGACCCCAUGUGUGGAGGAUCCCGGAAACUAUGAUCUUUCUAAGAAGUCGGGUGCGGUGCUGCUUCGUCGAGGCCUGAAGGAUGGGCACCAGGCACCCUGCCACAUCUCUUUCCUGUCCGCCGAGACGAACAAAGCCAUGAUCUCCUUGCUCUCGCCUUUGUUGCCUGUUGCCCGUGUCUUGGAGGUGCCAGUGCUUGACUUCGACACCUAUCUAGAGCUUCAGGACUCUGAGGAAGUUGCUGCCGCAACGCUGCCCUUGAUUGAAGACUUCUUCUGCACGAAUGCGGCCAAGCAAUAG